AUGCCGAGAUGGCAGGAGUCCAAGAGCCGCAGCGUAAACAGGGACAAAGGGCGUGUAGAGGCUGCCGUCGUCGCCGUCGUGGGCAAAGUGCAAUUUCCAGGGGCUGCUAGCAGAUGUUCCAGGAGCGACAUCGCCAACUUGCUCGCCAACUUCACCAACACCAGCACCAACGCCAGCACAACAGCGACAACAGCAUCAACAGCAACCUCUACGAGCAGAGACAUCUUCGCGGUAUCGGUACACGGGCUGGGACGACAUGGCCUGCCGCUGCUGAGCCGGACAAGCGAGCCGCAGACGAGAGAGACGAGGAAGACGCCAGUAUCAGCCACGCCAGCAGCUGGACGGGACGACGUAUCAAUGCCCCCAGGCGUCUCGGGGCCUGGCAAGAGAUCUGGCGCUGCUGCUGCAGACUCAAGGGACACUUCAGCGUCGCCGUCGAGCGCUGCCGACUCGAUAUUUCUCCCCAAGCGGGCGUCUGCUGCCUUCACUGCUGCCCAACGCAUCGCUUCCUGGUCACCGUCGACCCGGGAUACGGCUGGAGCAGCGCCGGCCUUUGCUGCUGCUGCUGCUGCUACCACGGCCAGAACGACAGACACUGCUACGAUACACACCGAGAGAGACACUGAGAGCAAGGGGAGACAGUCCAUCUUUCGACGGCUGUCGCCCAGUCUUGCGGCGCGUGUGAAGCUGCUGGACGGAGCAUCAGGCAAGUCAGACACUGCUGCGUCGGCUCGAAGCCAGUCGAAGAGCCCGGUGGGGAAGAUACCGGCCUCCCAGCUGCAGGAGCUCGAACGACAGAACAUCGACCUCUCCAUCCGGGUGCAGAAGAGCGGACGGGCGUGGAGCGGUGGACUGAGUGUGCCGCAGCAGGAGCAGGACUCCUGCCGGACACUUUCGCAGGCCAGCAGCCCAGCUGAAGCAGAAGCAGAAGCAGAAGCAGAAGCCGACGAGCAAGAAGAGGACGAAGAAGAACAAGAACGAGCAGCAGAAGCACCACCAGUACGAGCGGUAGAGUAUAGGGUACUGCCUACUGUAGAGGAAACGGACGCGUCUACUGAUACAAAGAUACCUUUGGGUACCAUGGGGACGGCGAGAAUGAGCCAUGGGGCAACGACAGAUGCUGACUCCGACAUCCCUCCGCCGCCGCCGCCCAAGGACACACCGCCGCUGGGACACUCGAGCACCGGGUCAAACGCGUCAGAGUCGUACUUUAACCCUCUCGGCCUCAGCCGGACGGACUCCAUAUACUCCUUUUCCAGGGCCUCCUUCAGCAACCAGCUCUCACAGCUCACAUCCAUCAGCCUGCCGCAGCCAGCUGCCCUUGAGGAGAGCAUAGCGUCGAUAUCAAGUGCCCCAGCCGCCGUACGAGCCCUCAGCGGUGCCGCAGAUCAAAUUCAGAAAUGGACAAACAAAGCAUCGGAGGUGCUAGGGGGACUCGAGGCCGAGGACGAUGUUGAAUGGGCCGCCGCCGGAGGCAGAGAAGGACUGGACGAUGUCGACAAGGCCGUCUCCAAAUUCGAAUGUCUGAUCAACGUCUAUGUCAAGGCGAUCGAGGAGGUCCAGGUCCGCGAGGACAUUGCGGACGUUGGCACCGAAUCGCUGAAUAACAUCGUCACACAGAUGGAACAGACCAUUCUGAAUUGGGGGAAAGUAGGCGCUCUGCUACACGGCGUCAAGGAACAAGUCGAGCUGGCGAUGGAAUGGGAGGAGCUGUGGAACGCUGUACUUGGAGACGUCGGCCUGGAAAUUGAUAAUCUGUCAAGGAUGAUCUUUGAAAUGGAGGAAAAGAGACACAAGUCUGUUAUGGUCAUGGAGAUGGACAACGAGCCGACUACAGGCCUGGACAUCAACGAGCUUGAGACUAUUGUCGAAGAGACGCCAUCGCAUAUGCCUGCAAACCCACGUCUGAAUUUUGCACCCUUCAUGUCUUCUGGCACGCAGACGCCGGGAGCAGACAAUCAGCAGGAUGAAUCAAGUCUACUGGCGCUGUUUGCGCGGAUGCAGCCUCUUCGAGCAUCACUCGACUUCUUACCCAUGAGACUGUCCAUGUUCCAGUCGAGAGCUAAAGAUAUCUUCCCCAGCGCCUGCGAAGAGCUCGAGGACCGGAGACUCCGUCUCGAACAGGGCUACAAGAAGCUGGAAACAGACUCUGAGGCUCUCAGACGCGAAUUAGCAGAGGAUAGAUGGGUGAUUGUGUUUAGAAACGCAGGCAAACAGGCACACAAGAUGUGCGAGUCUGUCGAAAGGAGUGUCACGAAGCUGCGUGAAGCCAUCGAGGGAGGCAUACAGCAUAACAAUCCUACCGCACUCGCUAAACGAGCAGAGAACUUUGAAGCAAAGAAAGUGCAUUACGGAUCGGCAAUUGAACGGGUGCUGUCCAUCAUCCAGAAGGGUAUCAAUGACAGGCUGACUGUCAAUGGCGAGAUUAUUCGGCUUCUUGCUGACCUGACGGCGAGGUUCGAUGCGCUGCAGACCACUGUACAAGCCAUGGAUACACUGCUGGACGAGCUUAACAGUCGACAACUACGAGAUUCCGUCUCGAGCAUCCUCACCCUCGACAGCCCUGCAGCCCGAAGCAUCGGUACCCCUGGAAGCUCCCCUGCUUCGUCCAUCAUCAUGUCAAACGGCAACACAAAUGGUAGCACAGCUAACAUGAACACCCAUACCAUGAUACAGGAUACCAGCAGGCGGAGCAGCGUCGCAGGUGGUGGCAGCGCCGUCUCUAGGGGUACUGCAGCAAAGCUCAAACGCCAUUCUGCUCUGCCUGGUCCAACUUCUACCGGCAUUGGACAUACGCCUCGCAAGCCGUCGAUUCCGCGAGCAGUCACCACGCCCAGAAUAACCACUACCAAUCACUCUGGACGUCCACCUUCACGGACAGGAUUGGUAGACCCGUUGACUGCACUGACAUACUCAAACUAUGUCCCUGAUGGUAGACCACGGUGGAAUGCAACAUACAACACCAAAGAUCUCGUUGUAGGCCACGUCUACAAACCACAAAACAACCUUCCUGCGUCAUCGUCAAACAGAAACCUGCCUGUCCCCGUCUCCUCCCGUUCACCUCGCCCAUCUCACAGUCAAUCCACUUAUUCCUUUGGCCUUCGCAGCCCCCUCAGCCGCGAGCCCUCUGCGUCUCCUGCCUCGGUCAGACCAUCAAGCCGACUUCACCGCGGCGUAACAGACCGUGGCUCCCUAGACCCCGGUGCUGGCCAUGCUCACGGAGCCGCUCCAUCCCCAUCUCCCUCGCCCUCACCCAGACCAUCAAUGUUCGAUCCUCCUCCCUACAGCAAAUUGCGCAAACAAGCUGCUGCCGCAGCAUCAACUGCUUCUUCCACCACCACUACGACUGCAACAACACGACCAGCAUCAAGACUAAUGCCUCCUACUCCAACACGAAGAGCUAAGACCCCCAUACCAAGCGCCCCUGCCCCAGCCCCGAUGUCCAAGCUAGCCGCAUCUCCUAAACCAGGCCUAGCUACCGCUCCGAGAAGCAGACAGAGUUACGCGGGUGUUCCCAGUUCCCGGGCCAGCUUCAUGCCAACCAACGACACUACCGGAGCAAAGAAGACUGCUGGCCCUCCACCCGUGGCUGCUCGCCCAGGGACAUCUCUAGGCCACUCCAGCCGUCGAAGCAGCAUGCUUCCUCUCCCAAGGACAGGAGCAGUUGGUCGAUCCGGACGCGAGAGUGCGGCUGGUGCUAGCAGACCUCCAUGGAGGUAA